AGCUAGAAGAGAAGAGUCUUUCUGCUCUAGAUCGAACUUACCCCAGGUACCUACCUCGACGGUCGAAAUAAAGUUCUGUUUGCAUUUCGCAAUUUCUGUAUGGAAACUUAGUGGAGCAUAAAUGAGAUGACAGCCUCUGUGCUCAACGUUCGUGUGGCCAUUGGUAGAUUUGUUUCAUACCGUGAUUGAACAUUGAUCAUUGAUCAUGUGAUCAUGUGAUCAAACAUGAAUCCAAUCCUCGGGCGGCAGCGAGGUGGCUUUGUGGCUCUGUGGCUUCGAAUUAAUCUCAUGCUUGGCCGACUUCCUUCAUACCUCAUAAAUUGACCGGUGAUGAUUGCACGACUCUUCCAAUACUUGAUCAUCAUUUUCACUGUGGACCUUGGUUUUGCUAGAUCGUUUGGCAUACCAUCAUAUGGAACUCAUGGCGACAUCUUACAGCCAACACACCAAAAAUAAUAAAGAAAGGAAGACGACCUUAUAUAGAAGGAGUGGCACAUCAACAAUGAUCAAUGGGCAGGAUCUGACAUUUGAGAGAUUGGAAAUGAGUCAAGAGUUAUUUGGUUUUGCGGCACCAAAUCUUUUCGAGGACUCUCAGGUUGAAAGCCCUACGGACUGCCCCGGCAUGCGAGGACAUACGGAGUAAUAUACGAUGGAUCUCUAUUCUUAGUGGGCGAAGUGAGGAAUGAUAUGAAGAGAUCCUACAAGAUCUGCCGUUUCCUGGUAUCGCCAUUUCCCGCACGUAUUCGGGUCCUUGGCAUCCUUCAAGAACUUCUCAUUCCCUUGGAUCAUUACCUCGAUACGGAUGAUUGAUGCGUCUACAAACGAUGAUUCUCAACUUCCCAGCGCGCCAAAUCCCAAAGAAGGGAUUCUUCAGCCUCGUCUCUCAUGAAUGAGUACGAAGUAUGAGUAUCUUCAAAUAGAAAUGGGAUUCAAUCUCCCCUCCCCCAUCGAGUGGUAUUGGUUAAUUUGGCACACCUGGACAGAUCACAUAAUAACCUUACAGAUGUUCGAAGGAUUCUGCAAAUAUCUCAUGCAAGGCACGCACGCACACGGAAUCGUCUAUCCUCACCGUCGCGCGUUAAAGGAAACCUUAGGAUUUGAUGAGAAGAUAAGAUCGGAGCAAGGAUUAAUUAGGGAUAACUCAAGGAUUACGACACUUUCGAAAUAGAAUCACCUCUGUUGAUUGGAAGAUAUAUUGGUCACUAAUUAUUGAAUAUUAAUCCAGCCAAUCGUAACCUUGUCUUUACAUUUUCGGUCACUUCUAUUUUUAAAUAUAGUGUCAAAAAAUAUAACACUCGGGAUCCACACUCCAACAACAUCACCUUGUUAGUAUCAUCAACAAUGAGCAUUAUGAUUACUGCUUUUAAUACACAUUCGCGUGGAGUACUUCAUCUCCACCACCAGCCCUAUAUAGCAAUGGAAGAAUCAUCUUUAUCUUCACCGCUGUUAUCUUUACCGCCGCAGACUUAUACACGUAGUUGAUUUCCUCAUCAAGGAGCCGGAUCUCCUAACGCCGACUUCAAUCUCUUACUCUCCUUUGGAAUCUUGCGCGCGUCUAGAAGUCUCGGAUCUCCCCAAGCUUCCUCUCUCACUGUUCCUCCCUUUCUCUCCUAUCCUAGCCCUGUUUCUUAGGCUAGUAUCUUGUUUCACACCAUUCGUCUUUUCUGAUUGGCUAUUUCAUAUUCUCGCAUUUCACUUCUCAUCAUUGCCAUAUUCUCAAGAUGGCAAUGAGUUUCUCUUCAGAUAUCACGUUAGCAGGGCCAUCUCCACUGUCUUUUAGGAAGACACGUGCGUGUAGGCAGAAGUCAAAGACAGGGUGUACCACUUGCAAGCUGCGAAGGGUCAAAUGUGAUGAGGCCAAACCAUCGUGCAUGCGAUGUAUAAACUUUGGCAGGAAGUGUGAUGGCUACGAAUUCAGUCCUAAGGAUAAGCCAGCCUGGCUAAUGGGCCCAACUAUAUCUACUGGCAUAUCUCAAGAAGUCGUGGAGUCCCCGCCGUUUUCCAUACCACUCAGUAUCUCCGUGUUGAACUUUGGUAACGAGCAAGAAGCUCAAUAUUUUGAUUUCUUCUGUAAAGAAACCGUUUUUGAGCUCGCCGGAGGCUUUAAAAAGAAACUGUUCAACGUUAUUAUCCUUCAAUCUUGUCAUACUGAUACGUCUGUCCGGCAUGCUGCCACCGCAAUCGCUGCUUUGAGCAAAGCAAUGAAAGUCUCGAAAUGCAUGGAUCCGAAAGAAGGCGAAUCUGGGUUCAAGAGGAUUUCCGAUCAAGUAGAGAUGCACCGUCGAUACGCUCUGAAGCAAUAUGGAAGAUCCAUUCGGUAUCUUCGUAACCUGAUCCGAACGAGUCAAAAUUCUCUUCGUGUACCUUUACUUGUGUCUAUCAUUAUAUUUUGCUUUGAGAAUUUUCAUGGCAACACUCAGUUGGCCGACAAACACAUUUAUAGUGCACUUAAGAUGAUGCACCAUCAUGAACUAAUUUCAAGUCAUCCCCACCACAAUCCAUUGUUGAGCUCUCCUGCGCCGGAUCUGGUAGAAAAUGAAAUUGUUACAGCGUAUCUCCACCUUGCCUUGGCGAUCGUGACACGACCGGAUGAUCCAGAUUCAUUGAGCGACAAGGUCCUUGAUCUCAUAUCAACCGAUGUACCUAAACCGGACAUUCCUCGACAACUGGACAACCUUGCAGAAGCCGAAGUUCAUUUAGAACAUGUGCUAUACCACUCUCUCCCGAAGAUACCAAGGGCAGACCUACAAAGGCGCUUGGCGUCACCGGAUCUUUCUCCUCAAAGUUUGGCAAUCAGCUUUUCAAGAGUUCAGAAGCUUCACCCGGAAGCAUCAUCUCCCAUCCUUACAGGGUUCGAGUUUCCUAAGUUCAGUUCCAGCUUUCAAGAUUGGCAAAGAGCAUUUCAGCCAAUCAUUUCUUAUGCACAAUCUCCUUCGGGCAAUGCAGAUUAUAUUGCUGCCACCACUCUUCAGAUUAAGGCUCUUGGGAUAGAACUCAUGGGUCAAGGAGUCUUUCUUGAUUACAGAAUUUCCGAUCACUUCCUUCCCAUCUUCCGUCAAAUCAUCUCUCUCAGUCAAAAGCUUGUUUCCGAUCCUCGAUUUUUGAAGACAUUCGUCUUUGAUGCGGGGAUUAUCCCUUCUCUUUUUGUUGUGAUAUACGCGUGUCCUGAUCAAAAAAUAAGGAGAGAUGCGGUCACUAUCUUAAGGGAAGCAGGCCCUAGACGCGAAGGCACAUGGGAUGCUCUAAAAAUUGCUAGUAUUGGACAGAUGCUGUUAGAUUCCGAGGAAAUAGGGCCCAUUAAGACGAAAUCGACAUUUUUGCCAUUGAAUGAUAUAAAUUUGAUGUCGCCGACAGUGUACGAGGAGAUUCAAACGCCCAUACUUCAAUCUCCACGACCAAGACGAAGGUCUCUUCUUGUUUCACCACCUCUGUGGGAACGUGGUUCAGAGCGAGGGUUUGUUAUGAAUUCGUCUUGAUUUACUCGAAGCAUAGCCUAGAGGUCUUUGCUAGUAUGUCAUCAAGACCCAACGUUGAGUUGCAAGUCUUUUUGGUAUGGUCCGCUUUUCUUCAAAGGGUGUUUGGUCUUUUCCUGCAACGUCUCGAUGCUUUUUGCACCAUGUUCUUUUGGUAUUCCUUCUCGAUAAUCGAUAGAGAACCUAAAGUAAUUCCGAUGGUUUCUGUAUUUUCAUCUCAUGAUAUCGAAAACCAUCACUCAAUCAGCCAAUGUGCGGCAUAACUCACUAUCCUCAUGCUGAUGUUUUAUUGCUCUUUAUCUAUUCAUUACCUAUUUCUAAUUUUAUCUAUCGAUCUUCUAUUUUCUAUUCCUUCUUCUCCUUCUACUUCUUCUUUUUCUUCUUUCCCACGAUUUCUCACGAUGAAUGACGGCAUUUAUUCUCUUUGUUUCGACAUUCUCGUGUUCAUAUUUUCCAUUUUUCUGUUGAUGAUAUUCCAUUGUCUCCUUAUACCAUAUUUGCCUUUCUCUUUUACAUCUUACACGACAGACAGCUUGGGUAAAGAAUGGAUUGUGGGAUGAUUGAUGUUUUUGGGGGUUUGGGGCACAGGGGAAUUGGGAUAAAAGUAUUUCGAUUUUACUACUACGUUUCUAGUUUUUAUGGAGAGGCAAUGAGAUUGGAGAUGUGGUGUUCAAGGAGGUGUUUAUGAAAUGGGCGGUUUGGUGAUGCGAGGUUUUACUAACUUCUUUUAUUUUUAUUUUUUGAUACCUUUUACGAGUCGAUGAACGGAGGCGGGCGUCUAGAUUAUGUAUAUAAUAGUUCAAUUAAUGCUCACGAGAUUUAACU